AUGAUGUUCAUAGUUAUUUUAGAUGCAUACUCAAAGUGGGUUUUUGUGAAAAGAAUGUUAAAUAUAACAUCUAGUUCUACUGUUAUGGUGUUAAGAGAGUAUUUUGCAACUUGGGGUAUACCUGGAAAAUUGGUAUCUGAUAAUGGCCCUUCUUUGUGUUCUGUUGAGUUUGAAACAUUUCUUAAAAACAAUGGUGUUUUUCACAUUAAAACUGCUCCAUAUAACCCUUUAUCAAAUAGCGCAGCAGAGAAUUUAGUGAGGACUUUCAAAAAUUACUUAAAGAAAGUAAUUUCUAGUACUAAUAAUAAAGAUUGUAUUGAUACUGGUGUGUUGAAAUUUAUUUUGUCUUAUAAUAGCACUAAACACUAG